AUGAACAAUAACGACAACAUCGACUCUACGACAGAAGAUAUGGAGAUGGCAGAGGAGCCCGACUAUAGUAACGAACAGGAGAUCGUCGACUAUCUGAUGCAGUUUACGACGAAGGAAAGCAAGGAAGCGCGCGUCACGCGAAACCAGAACGGACAUUUCGAUCGGACAAGUUCCAACACAUUGGAGCCUUUGAAGGUAACAACUGCUGCUUUACGCUCGCUGGUGAGACGUCUCAAAAGAAAAGAUGAUAAAAGUGGCUUGGAAAACCUCAUCCGCUGUAUUAGAGACCGGGACAGCGAAACUUUGUGCAUAAAAAUACCAAGAUCACUCGAUGGCCGCAUGCAAGUAGCCCAACGGAAAGUUGUGCCACACAUGUGUUACUUCAGAAUCUUCCGAAACUGGUUCGUGAGCAACUACCACGAUCUUGAAGCACGAGUGACGUGCAGAUACUCAUAUGCUGAAUCGCAGCAAACAUCUUACGUCUGCCUCAACCCCUACCACUACGAACAGAAAAAAGAACGCGUCGGUCCAGCUCCAUCCCAAGGUCAUCAAAAUCAAGGCUAUGGCGAUCAAUACAUGGACACCUCGAACCAGCCGGGUUCUGGCGGGUACUACUCCCCGAUAAUCAGAUGA